GGGGUCACGCUGUGGCCCAGGGGGUGCACGGGGAAGGGUCGUGUUUGCAUGGGGACGGGUGGCAAUGUCGCAUUGGCACGGGUACACCGGCGUCGUACUUGCACGGGGACGGGUCACACCUGCACCAGGGCUGUGCUUGGCUGCGGUUGUGUUUGCACCAGCGCCGUGUUUGCACAGGGAUGGGUCACACUUGCACUGGGAUUGUCUUUGCACAGGGACGGGGCUCAUUUGCACCAGUGUCGUGUUUGCACAGGGACAGUGACAUUUGCACGAGGGUCCCUUUUGCACCAGGGACGCACUUGCACGUCAUUGUGUUUGUACAGGGCCGGGUCACAUUGGCACCAGGGGUGUGUUUGAUGGGGACAGUGCCAUUUGCAUGGGGACAGUGGCAUUUGCAUGAAAAUGUUCACAUUGCCACGGGGAGAGCGGCAUUUGCACGGAGCUGGUGACACUGGCGUGGGGCCGGUGACACUGGCACGAGAAUGAUAAUUCUUGCACGGGAAGAGACCCUGGCCAUGGGGUCGGUGGCACUGGCACGAAACAGUCUUGCUUGUGCAGCGUCAGUGACAGUUUCACGGGGUUGGUGGCACUGGCUCGGGGUCAGUGACACUUUCAUAGGGAAGGUGGCACUGGCGCGGGGUUGGUGACACUGGCGUGGGCAUGAUCACAUCUCACGGAGUGGGUGACACGGGCAUGGACACGGUGACACUUCACGGGGUCGGUGACACUUUUGCGGGGUCCCGGCGCUGUCCGUGGUGCUGCCCCGCGCCGCCGCCUCCCGCCGGCAGAGGGCGCCCUUCGGGGCGGGGGGUGGGGAUGCGAUGAGUUUGGGGGGUCUCACCAGCCCCCAUGGAGUGACCCCGCCCUGCCGCUCUCGCCCCGCUGGCCCCUGGCACCGCCAGGGUGGCACUGGGCUCGCUGCCAUCAGCUGGCUUCAGGGGUAACGCUGCUGGCCGGGCAUCCCGGAGGGGGGUUGUGGGGGAGCCCUCAUCUCCCCCAGGAAGCGCCAUGGGGCCCCCUGGACCUCCUCACACCACCUAGACGCGUCUCCAGCCAGCAGCACCUCCCAACCUCGAGGGCAGCAGGAUGGCCCAGCAGCGCCAUGCCAUCCCCCCACCACUCAAGACGGAGGAGGACUACAUCCCCUACCCCAGUGUGCAUGAGGUGCUGGGCCGGGAGGGGCCGUUCCCCCUCAUCCUCCUGCCGCAGUUCGGGGGUUACUGGAUUGAAGGCACCAACCACCAGCUAAGCGGGGCCCCUGACUCGCCCCCCACCCCGGUACCCGGCACCCGGGCAAAGCUGGAGGGCAACCACAUGGCCAAGAUCUACCGCAAGCACUUCCUGGGCAAGGAGCACUUCAACUACUACUCCCUGGAUCCAGCACUGGGACACCUUGUCUUCUCCCUCAAGUAUGAUGAGCAGGAGCACCUCCACCUGCUGCUGCGCACCCGUUCCCGCACCCUGCAUGAUGUGGUGCCCAUCUCCUGCCUGGCUGAGUUCCCCAACGUGGUGCAGAUGGCCAAGCUGGUGUGCGAGGACGUCAAUGUGGAUCGCUUCUACCCUGUGCUCUAUCCUAAGGCAUCCCGCCUCAUCCUCGCCUUUGAUGAGCACGUGCUCAGCAACCACUUCAAAUUUGGGGUCAUCUACCAAAAACUGGGGCAGACCUCCGAGGAGGAGCUUUUCGGCACCACGGAGGAGAGCCCAGCCUUUGCCGAAUUCCUCGACGUCCUGGGUCAGCGGGUGCAGCUGCGGGACUUCAAGGGGUUCCGAGGGGGGCUGGAUGUGACCCAUGGACAGACAGGCAGUGAGUCGGUCUAUUGCCACUUUCGUGACAAGGAGAUCAUGUUCCACGUUUCCACCAAACUGCCCUACACGGAGGGUGAUGCCCAGCAGCUGCAGCGGAAGCGUCACAUCGGCAAUGACAUCGUGGCCAUCGUCUUCCAGGAUGAGAAUACACCGUUCGUCCCUGACAUGAUCGCCUCCAACUUCCUCCACGCCUUCGUGGUGGUACAGCUGGAGCAGGGAGGUGGCCAGGGCACCCUCUAUAAGGUCUCUGUCACUGCCCGUGACGACGUGCCCUUCUUUGGCCCGCCGCUGCCUGACCCCGCCAUCUUCAGGAAGGGCCCCGAGUUCCAGGAGUUCCUGCUGACGAAGCUCAUCAAUGCCGAGUAUGCCUGUUACCGGGCCGAGAAGUUCGCCAAGCUGGAGGAGCGGACGCGGGCGGCACUGCUGGAGACGCUGCACGAGGAGCUGCAGGCGCGCAGCCAGGCCAUGCUGGGGCUCGGCCCCGACGACGAGCGCCCCGACAACGGCGGAGCCGCCCCGGGCUUCUUCGAAUCCUUCAAGUCGCUGCUGGUGCCCGGGAGCCGCCGGGGACGCCGCGGCAGCGCCAUCGGGCUGGGCUCUUUGGAAGAGGCGCUGCUGGUGCCCGGGAAGAGCCCGUCGCGGAGGCGGCCCGGCCCCCUCGGCUCCCGCCGCUCCAGCGCCAUCGGCAUCGAGAGCAUCCAGGAGGCGCCGGCCGGCAGGGACGGUCCAGCAGCCGCCGACGGCUCCAGCUCCACACACAGCUCCCCCGAGAGCCGCCGGAAGCCCGACAGGGCCGAGAAGCCGGAGCCGCCGGAUCUCUCCCGCUCCUCCUCCAGCGCCAGCAGCUUCGGCAGCGCCGCGGAGGAGCCCGGCGAGGCGGGACGGGAGAGCCGCUCGCCCUCGGGGAGCCACCGCGACACCUUCACUGACACCCCUUGGCCGGAUGAUCCCCUCGGGACCUCCCCAGGCCAUCACCCGCCUGACUCCCCCUGCCCUGAGAUCAAAAUCCAGCUGGAGCAGCCCCUCCAUAAUCCGGGCUCAUAGUCACCCCCCCCACCCGUGGGGGUGUCACUGCUUCGCCCCCUCUGUGUGCCACCCCCAUGCCAGGAGCUGAAGCCAUCGUCCCCGGUGCAGGAUUUGGGGGGACUCCCCCCAAAAAAUUGGGAUGUGCCCCCCUCCAGACAAUCUGUCACCCCAAAAACCUCUUGGGUGAGGGGGUGAUGCACCACAAAGGGGCCUCCCCUCUGCCAUGACCCCAAAAUGAAGAGUGGGUCCAACCCCAGCAUCAUCCCCUCCCCGAAAAAAAAGAGGGGACUCAAAUCCAGGGUAACCCCAAAGUGGAGCUCUCCCUCCCCCUCCUUUAUUUUAAGGGAAAAAAUGGGCCGGAGGCUGGAACUGGGGGAACUGGGGGGAGGGGGAGGAAUAUUUUUUCACACCCUCCCUAACUGUGUUUGUGUUUUCUGUGAGUCCUGUAUAAAAUA